CUACACCCGAACUACUGAUGACAUUCGCUCCAACAUAUGGCGUAUCGUUGACCUAUGCUAUUGUCCGGACUUUAAGUUUUGUAAAGCUGAAUAUCGCAGCCACGAAGUUGAUCGAUUCCGUUGCCGUUCGCAUUACGGACAUGCCGUAUGGAUUGUACAAGAAGAAUACGGCAGUGUGGCUGCAGAUCAUGAGUUGGCGCCAUAUUGGCUUCAGCGUGGGAGGAUUAGUGCAUAUCAACUGCCGAUUCGUUCUCGCAGUGUUAGGAAUAAUUGGGACAUACUGCAUGCUUAUGUGGGACGGCGAAAACUGCUCUCCGUCCAUCGCCACAGGACAGUCAAACGAUUCGCUGCCCCGCUGAAAUACGGUUAGCAUCUGUUCCGU